AUGCCUAGUCUCAAAAAGGAACACCUCGAGGCUGCGGUUGAACAGAAUCCCGUUUGCCUUCUUGGUCUGACUUCUUGGAGCGUUGAUUACAUCCUCCACAAAUUCAACCAUGGUGGUACUUGUACCAUCGCCUCCAAGCAAGGUAACAAGACACUCCCGCCCGAACUCUGGAACAUGAUCUUAUCCUAUUUGGAUGAAGACAUAUUUUGUCCUGUCUACCCAAUCGGUGUUACCUUUGUUCAAAUCGAUCACGACAAUUUAGAACCUGCUGUUAUCUUCAACAGAAUCGACACAUGGUGGGGUUUUGGCGAUAUCAGGAAUGGCUCCGAUCUUUCCUAUUACAAUGACUGGCUGCUCAACCCCUCAUAUGAAACAGUGGAGGAAAAGAAGAAACGACGUCCCGAAUACUAUCCCUUCCCCGACUUUUCCAAAACAGUCUUGCCGGGUCAGUCCGUCACGAUUCCCGUUUCCAACUUGGAAUUCAACGAUGAUUUCCUGGUUCAUGGCCUCGAGGUUCCUGAAAUGAUUGCCUUCUGUGAAAGGGGAGAGUGUCACUUAUGUGAUGGCCGUCGGAAGUUUUGCGCUGGGUGCCCGGAUGGGAAAGCUGUUAUGGAAAAAUUUACCCGUAUACAUCCCUCGAGGGUCAGCUGUGGUACACAGAUGCUUUGCCCAUUAUGUAUUGGGGUGGAGUACGCAAUGAAAAGUGUCUGUGAAACAGCUGGCUGGUUUGAUGGCAAAAUUAUGUCAGAUGAAGAGUACCAAGAAUGGUCCGGCCAGCGUUUGAAGAGCCUUGGUUACAUGAAAUGA